CACGUCACUAGGAAGUGAAGGAGCCGAGCGGACAGACAGCUCGUCAAAGGGAGCUUCUAAGGAUUUCACAGAUGUAAAGUCUAAAAUUGGAUAUCGAAGACCGCUUCAGACCAUAAUAGUCGUGCACGUAGGUUUUUUUCUCCAAUCAGCAUCACUCAUUGGCAUUCUUCAAGACGGACACAAGCCCAGCAGCAAAAUGACAGCUGCAGAAAACGUUUGUUACACUCUGAUCAAUGUCCCCUCUGACUCAGAGCCCCCCUCUGAAGUCAGCCUUAAAGCUGACUUAGAAAAAGGGGAAAUCAAAGCAAAGACUGAAGCCUUGAAAAAGGUGAUCAUCAUGAUUCUGAAUGGUGAGAAGCUGCCAGGACUCUUAAUGACCAUAAUCCGCUUCGUCCUGCCACUUCAAGACCACACAAUCAAAAAGCUGCUACUUGUUUUCUGGGAGAUUGUCCCCAAAACAACUCCAGAUGGCAAGCUACUUCAGGAGAUGAUUCUGGUCUGUGAUGCCUACAGAAAGGACCUGCAGCACCCCAACGAGUUCAUCCGUGGAUCCACUCUGCGUUUCCUGUGCAAGCUGAAGGAGUCUGAGUUGUUGGAGCCUCUGAUGCCAGCGAUCCGUGCCUGCCUGGAACACCGACACAGCUACGUACGCCGUAAUGCAGUUCUGGCCAUUUACACCAUCUACAGGAACUUUGAACAUCUCAUCCCAGAUGCUCCAGAACUGAUCCAUGAUUUUCUUGUCAAUGAGAAAGAUGCCAGCUGUAAAAGAAAUGCAUUCAUGAUGCUUAUUCAUGCUGACCAGGAUCGAGCCUUGGAUUACCUCAGCACAUGUAUUGACCAAGUUCAUACUUUUGGUGACAUUCUCCAGCUUGUCAUUGUGGAGCUCAUUUACAAAGUUUGUCAUGCCAACCCAUCAGAGCGUGCCAGGUUUAUCCGGUGCAUCUACAACCUGUUGCAGUCCUCCAGCCCAGCUGUUAAGUACGAGGCUGCUGGUACUCUUGUAACCCUCUCCAGUGCUCCCACAGCCAUCAAGGCUGCUGCCCAGUGCUACAUUGAUUUGAUCAUCAAGGAGAGUGACAACAAUGUGAAGCUGAUUGUUCUUGAUCGUCUGAUUGAACUGAAGGAGCAUCCCACUCAUGAGCGUGUUCUUCAGGAUCUUGUGAUGGAUAUCCUGCGUGUUCUCAGCACUCCAGACCUGGAAGUGAGAAAGAAGACCCUACAGUUAGCACUGGAUCUUGUAUCAUCACGCAAUGUAGAAGAGUUGGUGAUUGUUUUGAAGAAAGAAGUGAUUAAGACCAAUAAUGUAACAGAACAUGAAGACACCGAUAAGUACCGGCAGCUCUUGGUGCGCACUCUCCAUUCUUGCAGCGUGCGCUUCCCUGACAUGGCGGCUAAUGUUAUUCCUGUGCUUAUGGAAUUCCUAAGUGACACUAAUGAGGCAGCUGCCGCUGAUGUGCUGGAGUUUGUGCGGGAGGCCAUUCAGAGAUUUGACAACUUGAGACCCCUCAUCAUUGAGAAGAUGCUGGAAGUUUUUCAUGCGAUCAAAACUGUGAAGAUCUACAGAGGAGCACUGUGGAUCUUAGGAGAAUACUGCAGCACCAAAGAAGACAUCCAGAGUGUGAUGACAGAAAUCCGCAGAUCCUUGGGAGAGAUCCCAAUUGUAGAGAACGAGAUCAAGAAGGAAACCGGAGAGGUGAAAGCGGAGGAUGAAGUGAGUGCAGCUCCAGCCCAGAAGUUGGUGACAGAGAUGGGCACGUAUGUGACACAGAGCGCCCUCAGCUCCUCCAGGCCUUCGAAGAAAGAAGAGGAUCGGCCUCCACUCAGAGGCUUCCUAAUGGAUGGAGAUUUCUAUGUAGCAGCUUCCUUGGCCACCACACUGACCAAGCUGGCCUUGCGCUAUGUGGCUAUUGUUCAAGACAAAAAGAAGCAAAAUUCCUUUGUUGCAGAGGCCAUGCUGAUCAUGGUCACUGUUCUGCACCUGGGCAAGUCCUCUCUGCCUAAAAAGCCAAUUACAGACGAUGAUGUGGACCGCAUCUCACUGUGCCUGAAGGUCCUGUCAGAGUGCUCACCGCUGAUGAAUGACAUUUUCAACAAGGAGUGUCGCAAAUCCCUGUCACAUAUGCUCACUGUCAGACUGGAGGAAGAGAAGCUGUCACAAAAGAAAGAGUCUGAGAAACGUAACGUGACAGUGCAGGCGGACGACCCCAUCUCCUUCAUGCAGCUAACAGCCAAAAACGAGAUGACUUCUAAGGAGGACCAGUUCCAGCUCAGUCUGCUGGCUGCUAUGGGUAACACUCAGAGGAAGGAGGCUGCUGAUCCACUGGCAUCGAAACUCAACAAGGUGACGCAGCUAACAGGUUUCUCAGACCCAGUGUACGCAGAAGCCUAUGUUCAUGUCAACCAGUAUGACAUUGUGUUGGAUGUACUGGUGGUGAACCAAACCAGUGACACUCUCCAAAACUGCACCCUUGAGCUGGCAACUUUAGGCGACCUCAAGUUGGUUGAGAAACCUUCUCCUCUAACUCUGGCCCCUCAUGAUUUUGCUAACAUCAAGGCUAACGUCAAGGUGGCGUCUACAGAGAACGGCAUCAUUUUUGGAAACAUUGUCUACGAUGUGUCAGGAGCUGCAAGUGACAGGAACUGCGUUGUCCUCAGUGACAUUCACAUUGACAUCAUGGACUACAUCCAACCUGCCUCCUGUACAGACGCAGAGUUCAGGCAGAUGUGGGCAGAGUUUGAGUGGGAAAACAAGGUGACUGUGAACACCAAUAUCACUGAUCUGAACGAGUAUCUCCAGCAUAUCCUCAAGUCCACCAACAUGAAAUGCCUGACUCCUGAGAAGGCACUCUCUGGCUUCUGCGGCUUCAUGGCUGCCAACCUUUAUGCUCGUUCUAUCUUUGGGGAAGAUGCCCUGGCUAAUGUCAGCAUUGAGAAGCCCAUCCACCUGGGGCCCGAUGCACCUGUCAACGGACACAUACGCAUUAGAGCUAAAAGUCAGGGGAUGGCCUUGAGUCUCGGCGACAAGAUCAACCUCUCCCAAAAAAAGACAAAUGUCUGAAAUGACUCUGACCCCCUUGACUUGGUAAAAGUCACCUGCUGUUCUCUCCAUCUUCUAUCUUGCAGCCUUUUCAUCACAGCAAAUUAAGAACUCUGUUUGGUCUGUUGCUUCUGUACUUUUUUUUUUUUUUACUUCACUCAUGUCUGAAAACUACAUCGUGUAAUGACAUCCCUGUCCUGUUUGAUUUUCAAUAAACAUAUGUAUAAAAGAAUGAG